GACGUGCCGAGGCUCGUAUCGCACAGCUCGAGACAGCCAUCCAGGAGAUGCGGCAACACCUGGGCAUGUUGCAGCGUGAGAAGCCGACAACAGUACCAGUGGAAGAUACCUCAUUCAACCGCGCGCCAGACACUUCGCUCAUCAUCGCUCGCUCGAAGGUCCCAGUCACUAAGCAGGCUCUUCUGGCAGCAAUUCAGCCGUGGCUCGAGCGGGCGCAGCUGGGCACCAGCAUCUAUGAGGUGGAAUGCGAGCCCAUCGAUAAGAAGUUCUACAUCCGUGUCAAGGGCAAUGGAGCUCACGCAGCUCGCCGAGUGGGCCAAGCCAUGGGAGCGCUUCGCCUGCGAGACGGAGGCUGGCAGAAGUUCACCGCCCAGUCUGCCCAGGGCACGGAGACUGAAGUUUUCGUAUCCGCGGACAAGAGCCCAGCCAUGGUCCGAACGGAGAUCGCGCUCAAGCAGAUUCGCGUUCGCCUGGCUGGCCUGUUUCCCCAAGUCAGAUUUUUCACCGACAAGGCGCUGGGAUCUAUUUCGUCGCAGCGGAAGCAGCUCAUUCGCGUUAGCGCGCAGAGCGCCAGCGCACCAGCCACCAUCGAGCACUGCUCCGCCAACCUUGCCAACCUCAACCUCAACGAGCAGGCCAUCCGUGACGCCCUCGUCGGCGUCGGCGCCCAGCAGGAUGAGAACGCCCAGUG